UGGGUAUUCUGUGAUCGAUUCGCCCCGUGUUUGGUUGGGCCCGCGCCGCGUGGUUCGGCGGUAUUUUUGAGGGAGGAACGCAAGAACGCAGGAACGCUAACGCACCGAACGAAAAAAAAUUGAGGAACGCUAUUCCAGGAACGCACUAACCGCGGCCGGAGGAACGCAGGAACGCUAACGCACUACCGAAAAUCGAGGAACGCGCCCAGCUCUGGCCGAUAGGCGGUUUCCGCUGGAGGGACCGCGCCACCGGGCGCGUCACACGCCGUUCCAGCGCCGCCUCAGUGAGUGUUCUCGUCUGGAAGGACGGCCAUGGCUGCCGGCGAGCGGCCGUCGCCGUGGCUCCUGCUGCUGAUUGUGGUAGUGGCGGGGGUGUGGCCCCGACCAGUGACCUCUCAGGGGUCGCAGGCCAACGAAACAGAUGUGAUCCCGUCUCCCGACAAGCAGCGGCCGCCGGUGAACCGGUCAGCGAUCUGCUCCCAUCCCGGCUGUGUCUGCCAGCAGCGGAUGGCGACCUGUGACUGCAACACAAAGGCUCUCCAUCUGUCCCCUGAAGACUUCACCGGCAAUGAUCUCGUUGAACUUCGUGUCAGGGGCGCAUCACGGGUCUGUCUGCGGGUCACAGUGAAACGAAACACCUUCUACCACUCCAGCUUGAAACGGGUCACCAUGCAGGGACUCAACAAGGUCAUGCUGGUUAGCAACAGCAUCAGAACAAAGCCACAGCGACAGCUUACAAUUGGUUUCGAAAAUAUCGAGGAGUUGGUCCUCACGAGUCACAGCUUCUCGGGCCCCGUCGACGUCACAUUCAUAAAUACCAGCAUGUCGGUGCCGGACAAGGCCUUCGUGGGCAGCAAAUGGUCCACCGGGAACGUCGUGUUCAUUAACAGCACCCUGGUGCGGGUGAGCGGACAGGCGUUCUCGAGCAGCCGCCUGCUCCGGCUGGAGCUGCGCGGCUGCUCUGUUCGGCAGCUGCAGCCGUCAGCUCUCCGUCUCCAGCUGGGCUCGCUGAUCAUACAGCGCUGCUCGAUCGGCUCGCUGGCCGCUGACGCGCUGGCCGUUCGCUGGACGGACUCGGUACGGAUCAACGGCAACACGUUCGAGUCGGUGCCGGAGGGCGCGUUCGGCGCGCUUCGUCCCAUGGACGGCACGGCGCGGCUGGAGCUGCACGACAACCAGCUGCUGGAGGUGGAGCCCGGCGGACUGGCGCUCAACGCCCAGCUGACCCCCGAGCAGCUGUCGGUGCAGCAGCUGCACACGCGCCAGCUCUGCCGCUGCCAGCUGGGCGACUGGGUGCGGCUGGCGGCCGGCUCCGGCGCGCCCGACUGGCUGGUUCGCCGGCUGACUGCAGCACUCUUCUGUCUCCCCGCUGCUGACGCCGACAUGGACACGUCCUUCCUACGCUUCCUGGACCGCCAGUGUCGGCCGGACGACCAGCCACCGGCGCCGCCGCCGCCGCCGCUCGGCUGGCGACGCUACCUGGUGGGGGUGGCGGUGGCGGCCGCCCUCAUCACCGUCCUAUGCGCCGUCUCGUGUUUUGCCGUGUGGCGGCACACGCGCCGGCUCAGGGAGCGUCAGCGGGGCCGCGCCGCCCAGGCUGCGCUCCACCAUCGGCCGCACAAGCUGAACAACGCCAACCUGUACGCGGACGAGCCGGGUGGUGGGGACGGCGGUUGGGCCGAGCCGCCCGAGUCGCCGCGCCGCCCCUUCGUGGUCGCCGUGCCAGACGUGAAGACCUACACGGAGACCGAGCUGCACGUGGUGCUGGAGACCCUGGGCAGCCUGGAGCCGACCGUGCUGCCACGCACCCCCAGCGGCACCCUGCACCGGCUGAGGGACCGGGACGGACCGCGCGCGACGGCUGCCGCCGCGAACGCCCAGUCCCAGGAACCCGGCUGCCGCAAAUCCUGCCCGCUCUAGGGCAUGCUUACUGUGCCACUGUUGACAACAGGUUCACCCAGUGAUUUAUGUGUGUCUGAACACAUGACAAGGAUCGCAAUGGUGAGAGGCUUCAGUUUCACAAGUAACCAUAAACAGUAAACACUGAUCUCGCCAUACAUUGUCGUCUCACAUGCCACAACAUCGUGCCUGGCCGUGAUUUGAGUACGCUUUUAGAUACAUCUGUAAAUACGCUACACAUGCGAUGGGAUAUGUAUCUGCCAGUGAGUAACGCCUUUACAGCGAAUUCGCUCCUUGUGGAUGGCUGAAUGACUAACAGCCGAGUCAUGAAAAUGACACAAAGCGUGCCUGCAAACCACAGCAGUGAUGCGUUUACCAUGAUUCUGUGAUAAACGGUGUGCGGUGGGAAAAGGUCGAGCAGAGGACAUCUCUUCCUACUCCCUACCAUCUACGGCCAUAGCACGCUCUCUAGGGACCUCACAACGGUCCACACUGGUGUGUGCGGCACCGGUCGGAAGUGAGACCUGCACUGCUCGUCCGCUCGGAUGUGAUAGCGGUGACGCCACGCGCGUGAUGUCACGUCCUGUAUGGACGGCAGGCUGGACUUUCCUCCAGCACGGCGCUGCGGGGGAAGACAGAGGGGUGACGCGGGGAUCGGGCUUGGCGUUGACGUAGGCUGGGGAACCAGAGGCGUUUUCAAUCGAGCUUGCCUUUGGUGUGAUGGAAGACUGUUCGUUUGUACAAUGUCUAUUGUCUUUUUGACGGUAGGUAUUGUCAAUAAACGAUUGACCCAGGA